ACCAAAUAAAGUCUUCCAUCAAUUUAGAAGACAAACUUUCUUUUGAGGGAACAGUUUUUCUCACUAGGCUCUACUUGUAUUGCUCUCAUAUUUGAUUGAUUGAAAUCCUGAAAUUAGUUUGGAGUACGAGUAGUGGAAUUUUAAAUAACUAACUAGCCUAUCUUCUAAUCAAUGUUUGUUUGUUUGAUUGUCCAUUAAAUUUUGCCUUUUCCUUUGAGUGAUUUGCUGCUUUCCAACUCCAUGAGAGAAGUCCUUUGCCUUAAACAGUUAUUAACAUGUGAGGAUAUGGAGUUGAGGCUUUUACUUUGACUAAUUCUCAAGGCUAUAUAUGUUGUGGUUUGUGGUAUGAAGGUUAUGCUUAGUUCACACACAUACACUUUUGGAAGUUACAAUUGAAGUAAUAUUGAUAGCGACUGUGAUCUUUUUCUAAAUGCCUAGAGACUAGCAAUAAGCUGGUUGGGGGUUGUGAUGAAAGCAUGAAAAUGUAUAUCUAAAGUGUGCUUAACCAUUAACAUUUGUGGAAUUAUGGGUUUAAGAGUUUUAUUUUUCUACAAGUAAUUUCAUAAGUGUUCAUUUUAUUCAUGUUGUGCAAAUUUUAAGGUGAUUGAAGGUUGAUGUUAAAUGGAGAAGAAUUAGAAAAAGGACUUAAAUGCAAGGAGCAAAUUGCAAAGAUCAGAAAUAUGAUGAUCAACUUGCGUGGAAUCUAGGAGUCAGGGACCAAGACUGUCAUUCUGCCAUUAACCAAAAUUGCACAAAAGGCCAAAAACCCGACACGAGGAUGCAGUUGACGCUCCACUCAAAGUACCGGCACCUUGUAAAGAGUGUCAACCCCUUGCGCGAUAAUUCAGCCAAAUCAUAUCUGUCCUACUUAUUGUGAUGUGGGCCCCACAGCCAUUCUAAUUAGGGUUUCUAGGAUUCUAUAAAGACCCAUCCAAGUUAUUUAAGAAGGGGUUCCAAAGCCUGAAGAGGUGGCUAUCAGGCUUCUAUUUUCUUCUUCAAGGCUAAUUUUCUGUUUUGCAAUUAUGGCUGCAACUUUGUGUGAGAUGGCUACUAAUUUCCAGAAGUUAGAUUGCUUUGAUGGGGGCAACUUUAUUCGAUGGCAACGUAAGAUGCACAUCUUUCUCACAACUCUCAACAUCGGUUAUGUUCUCACUGAUGCUCGACCAGAGGAAAAUGAGAAUGAAACUUUGCAAGAUACAAGGAAAAGGAAAAGGAAAAAGUGGGAGAACAAUGAUUAUGUUUGCAGGGGCUGCAUCUUAAAUGGUAUGUCUGAUUCCCUUUUUGAUACCUAUGUUCAUGAGUCUACUGCAAAAGAAUUGUGGGAUAAGUUAGAAGCAAGAUAUAUGAAUGAAGAUGCAACAAGUAAGAAGUUUUUGGUGACCAGAUGGAAUAAUUAUAAAAUGAUUGAUAACAAAUCAGUCAUGGAACAAUUUAGAGAAAUUGAAAAGUUGCUGAAUAGUUUCAAGCAAUAUGAUAUGAAGAUGGAUGAAUCCAUAGUUGUGUCUUCAAUAAUUGAUAAACUUUCUCAUGCAUGGAAAGAUUUCAAGAGAACACUGAAACAUAAAAAGGAAGAUAUUUCUCUUGAAAAUCUUGCUAACUCUUUGAGACUUGAAGAGCAAAAUAGAGUAGAAAAUGAAAAGGAGCUGAAAGUGCAAGUUUCGGAUGUCCAUGUAUUGGAGGAAGGAACUUCAAGCUAGCCCAAAAAGCCUUUCAAGAAGGAGUAUUCUGUCAAGAAAAAUAAAAAAUUUAAGAAGCAAAAGGGUGCAUGUUUCCAUUGUGAAAAAACUGGACACUUCAAAAGGGAGAGUUAUUUUCUCAAGAAGAAAAGGAAUGCACCAGCAUUAUCACAUGAAAAAUUCAUUGCUGUGAUUUCUGAAAUUAAUCUCAUGGAAGAUGACAUUGCUUGGUGGAUAGAUUUUGGUGCUACAAAGCAUGUUUGCAAGGACAAAAGUCUAUUCAAGACUUAAAAACUAGAACCUGAAGGGAGUGUGCUGUAUGUGGGAAAUUCUACAGCAGUACAAGUGAAAGGCAAAGGAACUGUGGACCUUGAGUUCACUUCUGGAAAAGUUCUCACUCUCACUAAUGUGCAUUAUGUGCCGUAUAUUCAACAAGUUUGUUGAACAAAUUUGGUUUUAAACUUGUAUUUGAGGCAAAUAAAUUUAUUAUGUCUAA